CCUUAGCGCGCGGCGGCCCCUCCUGCCCACAGAUUUAGAGGUGCGCGGUGCGUGCGUCGUCGAAUUGGAAAAGAGACAAACAGCGUGCCCCACGUUUGCCGGGCACUGCUUGCUGCCGGAGUGAUGUCAGGGCGAGUGUGGCGCAGGAGGUACCGACGACACCUUACGACAUGACGCUCGCAGAUGGUACCACUGCCAAACCGAGUAAAAUCGAUGCACCGCUAUGGCAGGACGACGCGAAACAAUUGACAGCCUCAGGACGUCCAGGAUCAGAUUUGACAGUGGAAGUAAUAUUGGACCAGACAGGGAAUUAUGGAAAACUCAACUUUGAACUAUUGCGGGAUCAACUUCCAGUCGCGAGAGAACGUUACCACGUUCAGGCACGAGGAAACGUGGUGCAAUUGACUUUAGAGCAUUCGAGAACGGAUGACAGUGGCCGAUACGCUCUGGUAGCCAGAAACAUCGCUGGCGAAUCAUCGCGAAUGAUACGAUUCAACGUUGACGACGUAAACGGCGAAGACGGUGACCCACCAGUCUUCGUAAGGAGGCUUAGCGACCUCGCCGUGAAAGUAGGAACAAGAACGAGGUUCCUGGUGGAAAUCAGAAGCUCAACCAAAUUGAAGGUUACUUGGCACAGGAACGAUGAACCGAUCCAGGAAGGAACCAGGUUUACCUUUGUUCACGAGGGAAACUUUUACUGCGUCGAUGUCGCCCCCGUCACGGUCGAAGAUCAAGGACACUGGACAUGCAUGGCGGAGAAUCCAUCAGGCCGUUCGUCGUGCACGUCCCACCUCAACGUCGUUGUGCCAAAGGCCUACAAAAAACCAGAGUUUGUCGAAGAGCUUCGAGCCCUCCUCACGGAAAUGGGGACCGUUUCUUUGGAAUGUAAAGUCAUCGGGGUUCCGACACCUGUGUUGAAAUGGUUCAAGGACAGCAAAGAGAUCAAGGCUGGUGACGUAUUCGCCUUGACCGCCAAUCCCGAUGACCCAACGUCACUUGGAACUUACACUUGCGAGGCCGUGAACUGUAUGGGCACAACUUAUUCCUCUUCUAAAGUUCACGUGAUGGGCAAGGGCAGUAGAGAAGGUUCUAUGAAACCAGCUGAUAGUUUGACACAGUCCGGACCUCUGCCUGUCUUCAGAAAGAUCCUUCAGGACGAGUCCAGUAGAAUUGGCGAAUCUUUGAUACUGUCGUGUCAAGUUCAAGUUCCUCCAUGGCCUAAAACCAUCACCUGGUACAAUAAGGAAGGCCGCAUAGACGCUAGUGAGAAAUAUCAUAUAAUGGAAGACGGUCUUGGUGGGUAUUCGAUAGAAAUAAAACCACUGGAAGCUAUGGAUGAGGGUGAAUGGAAAUGUGUAGCUACAAGCAGUGAGAAUGUCAAGCAGUUCACUACGUGUCACGUGAUGAUGUCAAUUCCUAAGAACUACCGGAAGCCGCGGUUCAUGGAAAGCUUAAAGGCAGUGCUCACUGAAGAAGGACUCGUUUCCUUCGAAUGCAAGGUGGUCGGUUUUCCUACUCCAGUCUUACGAUGGUUCAAAGAUGGGCAGGAACUCAAACCUGGCGACGUUUAUCAGUUAACGGGCACCAAUUCUUUAGGUUCCUACUGUUGCAUUGCGAGAAACUGCAUGGGCGAGACCAGAAGCACAGCUGAGCUAACUGUCGAGGACAUUCAGAACCAGCUCAACGAAGAAGAACGACUACAACUCUUCACUAUGAAUCAGCCACCGAAGUUUAUCAAGGGUCUAAAAAGCUGCGAGGCGAAAAUCAACGAAGAUUUUCGCUUUACGAUUGAAGUCAGCAUUGCCCCAGAGCCCACGUUGUCGUGGUACAGAGACGAUGAACCAGUAAACGAAAAUGAAAAGUACCAAGUGCUUCGGGAGAUGCUGGGCACGUGUCACCUAAAUAUAAGGAAACUGGAAUUCGUCGAUCAAGCUGAAUGGAAGUGCGUCGCUACCAACGACUUCGGCCACAGCAUAACGUCCUGUUUCUUGAAGCUCAUUAUUCCGAAGCAUUUCAAAAUGCCAAGAUUCCUUGAAAGCUUGCGUGCCAUCCUGUCCGAAGAGGGUGCUGUCAAUCUCGAAUGCAAAGUCAUCGGAGUUCCUCAGCCAGUCCUAAAAUGGUAUAAGGAUGGGGUCGAACUGAAACCUGGAGACAUACACAGGAUCAUUUCGGGUCAAGAUGGCACGUGUUGUCUCGGGACUUACACUUGCGAGGCGACAAACUGCAUGGGUACAGUAUGCAGCUCAGCCUCGCUUCUUGGCUUCGAAGAUCGAGCUGCCACGAAAAAAGAGCCGAAAGAAAUACCGCCGGGGCACGAGCUUGCUCGCAACCUCUCGCUGUCCACCAUCCACGAGGAGAGGACGUCUCAGAUGUACGACACACCACAGACUGACAUAUCGAUGACGCUGGAUGAACGGGGUGAAGUUUCCUUCAGUUUUGACGGGAAGGAAGUAUCCGUAAGCCUGUACGAGACUCCGGACCUUACUGAGGAAGAAGCGCUACAGAUUGUUGAAAUGUAUGCAGACCAACUGUCGGAACACGUGACUGAACACAACGUGAUCGAGCUGCCUCCAUUGCGUUUCGUGAAGGAAACCUCGACUUCUGGAAACCUUUUAAUGGAAGCUGUUGUGAUCGAUGUUUCACCGGACUAUUUCAUGGCUACGGAAGAGGAUCUUCGUACGGAAGCUGAUGUGGAAGAUAUGUCUAUUAUGGAAGAUCAAACUCAGCCAUUGUCUUCUCCCGAGGUACAGGUAGACGAUACGAACCAGUUUGAUCGAGCCAUGACGGCGACUCCGCUAAUUGGGGAAGAUGGAAGACCGAUACGCCCGCCGCGGAAAAAGUCGAACAGCGUGUCGUCGAAGAGUGAGAAGAGCGAGAGAAGUGCGAAAAGCCAAAAAUUAGAGUCCGAGAGUUACCACAGCGCUCGAGAACCUACGGGUCAAAUCUCCAUCAAGGAUGACAGUGAUCCAUUCACCGACGCUUUGUCUCUCCAUUCUCAAGUUGCUUCAACCUCCGAUCGAACGAGCCAAAAGGACGCGUUGAAACGGAAGCAGACGAAUCAGCAGACCAGCGCUGAUAAAACAUCCAGUCUUGAAGGUGAUUCCUCGUUCGAUUCGGUGGCAGGUACUCCGAAAAAGAAAAAGGCUAAAAAAAAGAAGGGGAAAAACCUACCUCAGAAAACAAGCUCCGAAGAUUCGUCGAUGGGUUGCGAACCCUUGAAGAAGGACAAAGUAGAUGCCAAUAAGCCUGAGGUUUCAUUUCAUCUUGAGCCCAUCGUCAAGUCCGGCGAACAAUACGUCGAGGAGGGUGAUGGUCUCGCAAUCAUGGAUCAAGCCACUAUUGUGAAACUGUCGAAAUCAGAUUCAGACAAGUCGUUAUCAAAGAGCAACAAAGAACGAUUGAUAGAAAAUAUUUGCAAGCUGACGCAACCCGUAAUGGUAAUUCGCAACGCUCUUGUAAACUUGAACACGCUCUUCGAGGCUGAAAGCGAGGCUCAACUGAACGCUAUCAUCAUGGAACAGAUCGUUUUGCCGAUUCAAGACCUCUGCGCUGAAGUAUCACUCGUUGAGGAAAGGGCGCUAAAAAAUGCUGGGGAUAAAUCAUUAGCCCAAACAACAAGGAUUUCUUUAUUAGAGUCCGUCAGCGGCCCGAUGGAGGAACUUCUUCGAGGAAUCGAGCUAAUCAAACGUCACGAAGGGCUGCAGGCUGUUCGUUCGGACCUGAUUAUCUUAGAAUCGCUGACCGAUCCGAUCGAUGAAAUUUCCAGCGGACUGGCCAAAAUUGAAUACGAAUUGUCAGGUAAAGCAAAGUGCGAAAAACCAAUUGCUCUUCAAAGGAUCAUUCAGACCACAUCCCGACUGAAGAGCAGCAUCGAAACCCUUGAAAGUUCAAAGCAUGGUUACCCCGGAUUUUCCAGUGGAUUGAAACGCAUCUACGAGAAUCUCGACCUCUUUAUUAAUAACGUUAGUAUAAAUCCUAUCGAUGGUACGACCGAAAACAUCGACACAAUUGUAGUUGAAACGCUGACACGACCUGUGGAAGAAUUGGAACGUGUUGUCAGACAUUCCAUAAAUAAUUCGAUCGGGGAAUUCAACUCAGAAUCCAUACAGCACGUGAUCACAUCUCUGAAGGAGUUGAAAAACAGAUUGUCAACUCUCAUCACAGCCCUAGAAACCUAUGGGAAGGAGGCAUCGGAUUAUUACUCGAUUACCGUCAUGGCGCUAUCCGAGGCAGUCAGCGAGACGUCUGAAGAACUCACGAAGCUGGCAGAAGACAAUGUUGACUUCACAAAAAAUCUGGACCUGCAAGUCGCAGCCAAGUCUAUUCUGGACCUUCAGCGUACAAUUGAAGUCAUUUCUACGCUCCCGAUCAAUCCACUUAAGCAUUCAAAACCGCUGCUUAUCGCCGUGCAAAAAGGCUUGGCACAGAUACUCGAAAAUGUGGUACUACAGUCCGGUAAAAGUAAACUAACAGAUGACAACAAUUCCUCAAUCGUCAAGUCUUUGACGCAACCGGUCGACAGGCUAAACUUGCAGCUAAGAAAAUUGGAAACAACAACUGAAUUACAAACAACUGAUUUGAAUGAUCUACUGGAAUCUCUUGAGUUUCUUGAUCACAGCGUGACGAUGUACCAGAAAAAUUUGCUAGGCAGCGGAGAUGCGAGAAACUCGAACAUAUCGGCGCUUGAAGAAGUUAAGGAUCCUUUGGACAGGAUUAUCGAUCGCCUGCAACAAGAUACAGUCGUAAAAAUUCAAGACAGCGGAGUGUCGUUAGCCGUUGAAAGAAUGAAAGCCACAAUUUCCGACGUGCUCAAUGCAACCGAGGAUUCAUCUUCCAGCGAAGAAAAGACUCUGGUUUUGCAAACAUUGAAGCCAGCACUAAUAGCGAUAAAUUCAAAUUUGGACAAAAUCAGGAAUGUUUGUAUUGGAAAAAUUGGUGACGUAUUUAUCGUAGAUUUAAUCCAUAACUUUUAUCAGCCAGUUGUCGAGCUGUCGAAUAUUACGACAUGUAACGACAAGGAAAUUCUCAGUAGUCUAGCAUCAGUAAAAACCAAGGUGCAUGGCUCCAUCACGACCAUAAACACGAACGCGAAAGUAAAGGGACGCCAAAAUAGCGAUGAGAUCAAGGCGAUUCUACCGCUCGUUCAGGAUCUUGAAAGGGCUAUAAUGCGGGCUGAAAUUCUUAAGGAAACCGUUUUGCACAUACAGAAACUGACAGCCGAAGUGAAUUUGAUAAAAAAGGUGUGCGAUCAAAUUACCCCGGAGCUGGCGCUGACAUCUGAAGUUGCCGAACGAUUAACCACAUCUCUAAGUAAUGUCGUUAAAAUCACCAAAAGCGUGAAAGCCGGGGCUGUGUUUCCUGCUCUCGAUACACCAAUGAAUAAAAUCGAGAAUUUUGUUGAAAAUGUUUUUUCAAAGUUUGAUUUCGUGAACGGCACUCUGGACGAUGAGAAUUUCUCGACUCUGUUGUCAAUUGAUGAACCUCUAAACUCCGUCCACGCGACUAUUGGUAGUAUUCAAACGGAAAUCGUCAGUGGAAAAUUGAACGAAAUAACGGGCCGAGUCUUCGUAACAGCUUUAAAUAAUCUGGCUCAGCCGCUAGAAGCGAUACAGGUUAAAUCCACCAUUAUGCAGGAGCAGCUUUCGGCAAUAACACCGAUAUCCACAAAGCUGCUGGAGCCUCUUCAGACCGUGAAAACUAACCUGUCAGUAGCUCUUAGUGAGUACGAGGUGAUCGCGGAAAAACGAGGGCGUUCUUCGUCUCUCGUUAAUUACCUCGAAGAAUUGAACCAAACUUUGGAAAAAAUCGUUGACUCCAAGAGUGACAAGGAAACGAUUGCGAUUCUGACUAACUUGAAGGGGCCACUUCACGCUCUGCAAUCAUCGCUGGAAUUGCAGGAUCACAGUCACGAAGAAUUAGUGAUUCUGAAAAAUCUGGAAACGCCAAUUGCGAGUUUGAAAACUGCGCUGUCCUUACUCUCAGAAAAGCCAGCAACCGUUAAGAUUCUGCAGCCUGUCUUGGCAGUGCUGAAUAAAAUCGAAAACAGAGUUCCAGUUGUCGUAAAAGAAAUUACUGUAAGAGAAGAGCGAGAAUACUUGAAGCAAGCAGCGGAUUCGAAAGAAGUACCAACGAAACUACAGCAACCGUUAACAAAUAUCCUGACGCUGAUGUCUGCCGGUAUUGAUGAUUGUGAGAAUUUUCCAGAAUCUGAAAUUACUUUGUCUUUAAAGGACGUGAGACAGAAAAUUACGAUGGUACUGAACAACGCCCAGCACUUGACCGACAAAGACAUGGCAUGCUUUAUAGUCGACCUGAAGCAUCCGUUGCUCAAUUUCCAGCACGCGUUACUAGCGGCAGAGAAAAGUCGUGAUGAACUGAGAAUCAUCGAGAACUUCGGUCACUCAAUUUCAGAGUUAAGAGUUGCCGUCCUCGAAGUACUUCAAGAGGGGCAAGCCGAAGAUGUGCAUUCGGUUGUCAACCUCCUAGACGAGCUACAAGAACAGGUAUCCGAAGUCACGACAUCUGCUUUAGGAAAACUCGAAAACGCUUCACUGGAAUCGUUGACAAUAGAUGAACCGCAGACGCUCGCCGAUCAGAUUCUCGAUCCAUUAAUCGACAUCCAGUCAAAGAUCAGCGCAGUGUUACUGGAAACGGAAGAAACGGACAAUCCCGUUUUACAAUCUUCAGAACUGGCCUCGAGUCUUGUUGAACUAAGACAGUACGUUUCCAGCGCAGCUCAUACCGCAACAACGCUGAAUGAUGAGGAAAUAAUCAAUGCUUUGACAGACUUGCGUGAACCACUGCUGGAUCUUCAGUUAGCAUUAUCCUUGGAUCACGUGCCGGAAGAAAUGUUAUUGAUACAAAAUAUAUCCCCACAAAUCAGCCAACUGAAGCAUGUUCUUACGACUGUUUUAGAUAGCGUUCCUGGUGCCGAAAUCGAAUCCGUAAGACCAAUAUUUCAACUGCUCGAAGAUAUUCAAAACCAAGUUCCUGUUGCAAUGGAGAAGUUUCAAGUUGAACAGCGAUCACAGGAAGGAGAAAAAGCUGUGGUCACCGUGGUGAAACCACGGGUCCUUGCGGCUUGUGGCAUUUCCACAACUUUGAGUAACAUUCACUUUGCACUUUCUUCUGCUUUGGAACAACAUGAAGCCACGAUGAGUAGGGAGAACCUGCCCCCUUCCGUUAUUGCUGUAAAUAUUGAGGAGAUUAGACAGAAUAUCGGUGCUCUGGCUUUAGCUGCUGAGUCCACAUUAGAGCCGAUGAACGAUGAAGAUAUAAUCAUUGAACUGUCAGCUUUAAAAGAGCCUUUGCUUCACCUCCAAAGAGUGUUGUUAACCGAAGAACACGGUGCAGAGGAAGCGGCCGUGUUGAAAUACAUUGUUCAUCCUGUGCAGGAAUUAAGAGCGGUAAUUUCUAAUGUACUUAACAGUACUCGAGCUGCAGAAGUACUUCCAAUUUUGGAAAUACUCGAAGAGAUUGAAAAAGACGUUCCACUGGUGGCUAAAGAAGUUGCCAAGAGAUCGAAGGUGGCGAAGGAGAAACCAAAACGAGUCGAGACAGUCACUCUACCGAGUCCUAGGUGGCUGGCUGGUAAAAUAUCACAUCCGUUUACCACAAUCCAGGAUACGUUAACAGCAAUUUUAGAAGAGAAACGAAAAUCAAGUGCUAAAAAAUCUGGGGUUACAGCAUCGAUAGAAGCCUUGAAACAGACAGUUACCGAUAUUGCCAUAACUACAUCUUACUCCGAGCCUCCGACCGACGAAGAAAUGAUUGAGAUACUGGUGGGAUUGAAGGAGCCGUUGUUAAAACUACAGGAGGCUGUAACAAAAUAUCACGAACCCGAAGAUCUCGAUAUUCUUGAAGACGUUAAGCAGCCAAUAAAAGCUCUACAUUUGGUUACAUUGGACGCUUUGGAAAGCAGUCAGGAAGAUUCUCUUCAAAAUGUUAUUGAGGUUCUGGAAGAAAUCGAGAAUCAAGUGCCGUUGGCAAUGAAGGAAGCAAUUUACAAGAAGGAACUGCAGCAAGUUGUCAAGUCAUUGGAACCUGAUUCUCCAGACACUGAAGUCUGCACGGUCGAGAGUGCAAUACGCGAGAAAACCGAAAAUCCAGUGACGGAGGCUGAAGAGAUCGAAACCAAGGUUACAGAUAUUGAGUCGAAGAUACUGGAAACAGCCUCAAAUGAUUCACCUUCUACCAUAAAAUUGUCGCAUGUAUCAUCUGAUGACGGUGCAACAGUUUGUACUGCUGAAUCUAUGAAAUCUGGAUCAUCGUCGUUGAGUCAAGCAGAUCAAGAAACUUUUGCCUCCGAUCUGUUAAAAUCUGAAACCGCACAUAUAGUGGAAGAGAGAAAGGAAGUAGUAAAAGAAAUAGCAAAAAUUAGCGAAGAACUCUCUAAACCAAAGACUACGGAAAUACCUGAACAGGUUGAAGUCGGCAGUGUGAAACAUGCACCAGCGAUCAGCUUGGCUACGAUAGUUUCCGAACCACUUCGGCAGGUUCAACUCAAGCUAGCCCACACUUUGGAUGACUUUGACCAAUUAGUGGACUUGAACAGCCAUCCAUCCGAACUUAGUAACAGUGUUGAAGAAAUGCGGCAGUCGGCGUCUACUUUGCACAUGUUGACAGCUCCGUAUGGCAAUGCACUACCUGAUGAGGAAAUCGUGAGUGCCUUACAAGAAUUUCUACAGCCGUUAAGAAACCUCCGAGACGUAUUAGGCUCGAAGAAACAUAACAACGAGGAACUGCUCAUCUUGAACCAUCUUGAUCAGCCGAUUAAAGAGAUAAAAGACAUUGUUCAACGCGUUGUGGAGGAUAAAAAAAGCGAUGAUCAAGCAAGCUUGAAUGAAAUUCUGAAAGUUGUGGAGGAAAUCGAAAUUUGGAUUCCACUGGUGACAAAGGAAAUCAACACGAGGCAACAGAUGUUGCAAAUUCUGCGCGAUAUAUCGAGGCCUCUCGAAAUCAUGCACAAAUGUAUGGUAGACCUUGAGGCAACUGCCAAAGAUGCUGUGGAGACUGAUGUUGCAGCUUCUCUCGGCAAGCCAAUCAACGCUCUAAAGGAAACCAUAAUUGAUAUAACAAAGGACUUGGAUAUGUUAGAGCAGCAGCAAAGCAUCAUUUGGGAACUUAAGGCUCUGGUUGAGCCUCUAAUUGAGUUCCAGAGUUCUCUCUCGGUGAUAAAAAGCAGUCAACGUGUCGUUCCCGAGAUGAUGCUGCUUGCGGAAAAGAAAAAUGUCAUCUUUCACGCUGUUGAGGGAUUGAAGGUUUCAAUCAACGCCACCGUAGAGAAGAUUGGAAACCAUGAACAUGCGGAUGUAAUAGUCAAAACGCUCACAGAUCUGAAUCACGCUAUGACGACGGUUCAACAGCAAGUGAACAAGACUGAUUAUACUCGAAGACCCAGCGUCACCCUCAGAGGCCACAUGAUCGGCCCUUUAGACCACCUUAGCAACACUAUAUCAGCUCUCGAGGACUACAUUGACCAGGAAACCUACGAAGUGAUUUCCCAGUCAUUGGAAACUCUGCAAAAGCAAAUUCUGCUGGCACAAGAUCAGUUCAAUCAAACAGACCAGCCAAUUGACGAAGAAGUAAUAAUUGAGGGAUUUUUAUACCCGACGAAUCAGCUUCAGUCAGCGUUAACGAUUCUGCAAGACAACCUCGAGAAGAAAGCGAUACUACCCAUAACUUCUGCCUCGGUACAAUUACUUCAGGAAUUCAGUGAAUCUGUCACGGAGUUGAGAACAUCUUUGACUCUGUUGCAAAACGAAUUGAGUCACGAGACCAGAGGGGCAUCAAUAAUCGAAACCUUAUCGGCCAUUUUCAUACCGCUGGAUAACAUUAAAGAAAUAAUAGCGAAAAUUGUCAGAGAUUCUCCGAGGAAAGAUGAUACUUUAACUCUAAAGGAUCUCCCCAAGCGAGAACCAUCUCCUGUUAAUCAAGAGUUGAGAAAAGCCAUUCAAGUCGCUCUGCAAGCGGAGGAAUCUAAGCAACAGGAAACACUGACAACUGAACAACAGCCUGAGGUGGAAAAUGUAACGCAAGUCAUCACUCAGCAGGCAGAAAUAUCAGCUACUGAGAAUAUUACAAUGAUUUCAAACUUGAUCAGAGAUCUUGCUAAUCCAUUGCAAGCCCUGCAGAUGACUGUUACGGCCAUCCAAGAAGCUGGGACUGAAGUUUUGCCGAACUCGUUAGAUAAGUGGAAUGCCUUGAAGCUGCAUCUGGAUGACUUACAAACGUCCAUCGCGGUGAUACACGAAACUGCGAAAGGUGAAAACGAUUCUAAGCCAUCGGUAGAAAAUCCAGUUUUGCAAUCUCUGUUUCAAUUGAACAGUGCCAUCGCUACGAUUCAGCCAGAGACGAUUGAAGGAGAGAAAAUUUCAAAAUUGAAAAAUGAAAAGCAUUUAUCAGCUAUUGCUGCGUUGAUUAAACCGCUUGAAAAGCUGCAAGAAUCGAUUAGUAUCAGUCAAGAUGAAGCUGUUCUUCAUGCAGAAGAACUUACUGAGCUGAAAUUUACUGAUCUAAGGGUACUAGCGAAGCCAGUCGAAGAAUUGAAAAAAUCUUUGGUAAUUUUGCAAGAGCAAAAUACUUCUUCUCAAAAAACUCAAGAGAAGUUACUUGAGAAAAGUGUGUCACAGCAGGCAAUGCAACUCGAUCUUCGUCCCGACGAAGUUUUGUCUUCUGACGGGCCAGAAAGUGUACAACAAGAGUCGAAAGUGGACGAACAGCUUGAAUCAGAUAAGAAAUUAACGAAGCCUUCUGAAGAAAAUCAAACUUCAAACCUUUCGGAAUUACAAACAAUCGAGCCAGAAUCUUUAGAUAAUGUCAAACCAGACUAUUUGGUAAAUCUGAAGCUGCUCACACAAUUUAUCGCAGACCUACAAAAUGAUAUUCCUGAUGCACCGACAGAAAAAUUGCUUGCCGCAGAUAAACUCAUUUCGACAUUUGUACAGAAUCUCGAGAGAUUACAGCAAAUACAAAACGUAAUCCAAAGCAGCGACCACACAACUAUUCUUUUACCCAUGUUAAAGCCUCUGGAAGAGUUAACUUUGGUGUCUACAACGAUUAAGGGUCAAAGCAAAGAAGGCAUCACGGAUUCCAAACAACUGACUUUACUCAAAAAAUUAAUACCGCCAACUCAAGAGAUUCUCAGUGCGGUUGAUGCGAUGAAAGAAGAAAAAAGUAUUGUUCGACUUCAGGCUUUUGAAGAGAAAGAAGCUCGCAAUCUCCUGUCAGAAUUAACUGACUCAGUGAAAAGAUUACUGAAACUGAUUGACAAUCUCACGGCAAAAAAAGUCAAGAUCGUAGAACCUGAAGAAAGUGAAUCGACAACAAAAGACGACGUAAAUGAUAUUCACCAAACCACCGCACAGCCACUUGAAGAGUUGAUAGAAGCCAUCGUCGUUUCCCAGGCACAAGUCACGGACUCUGCUACUGAUUUCCAAGAGACAUCGGUCAUAGCGGAAUUAGCUGACCGGCUAGAAAAAUUAAACACAUCGAUAGUGCAGAGCGGAGAUGUAGAAAACAUUGCUGAACCGUUGCAGGAAUUGAAACAAGCGAUUGCUUCUAUUCAAGAACAAGUAGUAGUUACGGAAGAUGCAGAGUUAUCAGAUGGCCAGCAAAUUUUGUUAAGCAUAGCUCAACCGCUUGCUGAGAUUCAGACAUCUAUCGCUGCUAUUCAAAAACAGACCAUCGGCGAAAGUGAAGACGUAUCGCAACUGGAAUUGCUCACGAAACCUCUGGAAGAACUACGAACGAAAAUAGCUACAAGUGAAGAAAGAGUUGUCGACGAAGAAAAUACUGGUAUAAUGCCUGAACAACAAACAGUCUUCGAAGCUGUAGCAAAACCUCUUCAAGAUCUUAUUGACACGAUCACUGUUACUCAGAAGACUUUAACCCUGGAAACUGCAACCGAAGAACCAGCACAACUGGAGAGUCAAAUUGCAGAUACAAGUGUAGAGAGUGAAAAGAAAACUUCCACAGAAAUUACUGCCGAAAUCGUACAACCAGAAGAGCGAUCUACUUCCGCAGCAUAUAACGCACUGCAAAAAUUAAUUUCCCCAUUCGAAGUGCUUCAAAAACUUAUUUCAACCAGUCAAGAAGUCAAUCAAAAAAAUGUGACGGCUCAAGUGAUCACGCAAAGUCUCCAAUCCAUCGAAAGCGCAAUCGUUACUGUGCAAUCACAGACAAAUCACGAUGUUCAAGGCACGGAAAUCAUCAACCAGUUGUUGGCGCCGUUGGACCAGUUGAAACAAUGUGUUACGGUGAUUCGACAACAAGAUAUAGAACCAGUUGAGCAUGCACUCAGCCUAAAUUGCCUCAAAAAGCUCGCACCUCCUCUUGAAGAGCUGCAAAAAUCUAUGGCUAUAGUUCAGGAACAACUUGAGCAUGAACGUGUUGAGAAGCUGACAGAAUUUCUGACUGUUGAAGCACUAGCUCAUGAAACCGAGGAAUUACAAAAAUUGAUCUCUUCAAUCUCAGAACAAAAUGUACCUGAAAAUAUCCAUGAAGAAGGAAUGAAAAAGCUUAUCGAACCCAUUAAAGAAUUGCAGAAGGCUGUCGAAAGUACCCAGAUGUUGUCGCAGAACACAGCUCAACAAGUCAUAUCGGAAGUUGAAAAACCUGAAGCAUUGCGUGCAAUUACUCAACCACUCGAAAAUUUGCAAAAAAUCAUCACCACCGUUACCGAAAGCAAAGAAUUUGAGAGUACCGACGAAUUAGCCAAACCGCUGUCCGAACUUGAAACGUCAGUUGCUUUGGUACGUGAACAAGCUGUAGCUAAAGAAGGUCUCGAAAUUAAAAUUCUUAAAGUGUUGGUAAAGCCACUUGACCAGUUGCAAACAGCAAUUCUGUCUGUCGUGAAUGUAGCUGAGGAACACAAUGUCUCUGAAGAAGGGGAGGCCAAAAAGUUAGCAAUAACAGAAUUGAUUGAACCGAUUCAAGAAUUGAAACAAUCAAUCGCUCUUAUUCAAGAUCAAUCACUUGAACCCAAGGAUAUUGUGUUGAAAACCGAGGAGACAAUAUUGACACAAACAGAAGAACCUUUGUCAACUGUCAGAGUUCAAGAAACGCAACAGGUUGCAGAAACAAUAAUGGAAAACGUCCCUGUUGAGACGAUACAAGAUUUGAAAGCGAUUGAAGUGGAUCUCACCAUUCUUGAAGGAAUUGCUGUUUCCCUUCAGGAGCUCCAAAAAUCUCUAGCAGUAAUCAUAGAACCAGCAGUCAACAAAGUUACGGCAGCAGAUUUACCUGAAGCAGAAGACGUACACUUUUUAAAAGCGUUAGCGAAACCGGUUGACGAAUUGGCAAAAUUCGUUGCUCUAGUUCAGCAGCAAACUGUACUAGAAGUUAGUUCUGAUGUUGUUUCUGGCGAAAAAUCAACACCGAUAUCACAAACACUAUCUAAGCCACUGAAGCAGCUUCGAGAAUUUAUUGCCGUUGCGGAAAAACAAACACUGGUUGAGUCGGGACCUUUAGAGAAACAGAAAGCGGAAAGUUCUCUAGUCAAAGAGAUCAUUAAACCACUCACAGAUUUGACCGUAUCUAUAGCAAGCAUUCAGGAUGAAUUGGCGAGUAAAUCCAGCGUCGAAACUCUCCUGAAAAUUGAUGAUAUUCCAGCCUUGAAGGCAUUAGCUCAGCCUUUGCAAGAACUCAACUGUCUAGUAAUCGGCACUCAGCAAGCUUUCGUGGAGCAGGAUGUAGAAGUAAUUUCGGAGGAGCUACCGCUUGAAAUGCAGGCCAAAAUUCGAGAAGAGCUUACAAAUGUCCCAUCCUUUGUCGAAAAAACUACGGUAUUGGAACCCGCUGCUGAAUUAGUUUUACCGGAAAACAUUUCGAUGUUCAACAUUUUGGCUCAUCCUCUGGAAGAACUGCAGAGAUCUCUUGCCGUGAUCGAAGAGCGUACGAUUGUGGAACGUGAGAUGAAUUUAUCGUCCACGGCAGAGGAACCAUCUUUGCUGAAGGUGUUGAUUGAACCUCUGAAAAAAUUACAAAAGUCCAUACUCGUUGUUCAGGAGAAAGUAGCCACUGAACAUACCGAACAGAUUCCUGAAAAUGGAGACACCUUAAAAUUAUUGGCCUUAGCUGAACCUUUAACCGAGUUACAGAAGGUAAUCGGAGCUUGUCAAGAAGAAGUAACAACUGAAUCAGAGUCAACGUCAAUGACGGUAAUGAAAGAAGUUUCUGCAGCAAAAUCCUUAGUUCAGCCUUUGGAAGAAUUGGAAAAAUUCAUCGCCAUUGUACAGCAGCAAGUAUCAAUCGCACCAAGCAGUGAAUUGAUUCCGGAAGCUGAAAGUUUGUCGAUACCACUGGUAUUAAUCGCGCCACUGGAAGGGAUUCAGAAAUCUAUAGCUACCAUUCGAAAGCACGUAACGUUUGAACCAGAAACAGCAGACGCCUCUUUACUCAAAGCCCUGGAAAAACCGUUGGAAGAAAUGGAAAAGAGUUUUGCUCUGAUCGAAGAGCAAGUGGAACUGAAGCCUGAGUCAAUUUCUACCUCAAACAAAGAAGAUAUCAAUUUAUUGAAAUCUCUGGCCUCUCCGCUUCACGAACUACAACAAUCGAUAGUCGUUAUUAAGGAGAAGGUACUGGGCGGGUCUAGCGAUCAGUUGAUGUCAGAAGAAGAGGACAUUUCGAUAUUGAAAACAUUGGCGGAACCCGUGAUCGAGUUGCAAAAAUCCAUCGCAAUCAUCCAAGAACAAAUUGUGGUUGAUCCUGGAACAGUGUCAAUAUCUGACAAAGAAAAUAUAGAUUUUCUGAAAAUCAUAGCUAAGCCUCUAGAACAGCUGGAGAAAUGUGCCGCUAUCGUAGAACUUCAAAUGGCAGUCGAGCCACGCACUGAGACGAUGCCAGAAGCUUCAAGUUUGUCGACGAUGCAGGCAUUAGCCGUACCGCUUCGAGAGAUUCAAAAAUCCAUAGCUGUUAUUCGAGAGCACGUCGUGUUCCAACAAAACAACGUUGAACUACUUGCAGCGCUCACACAGCCGCUGAAAGAAAUUCAGAAGAGCUUCGCCGUGAUCGACGAGCAAGUAGUUCUGGAACCUGGUGUAGUCUCCAUCUCAGAUAGGGAGGUUAUCGAUUUACUGAAAACAUUAGCUUCGCCUCUUGAAGAACUGCAGCGUUCACUAGCUGGGAUCCAGGAGCAAACACUUCUGGAAUCUGGGGGUCAAUCGCUAUCAGAUAAAGAUGAUAUCUCGAUUUUGAAAACGAUGGCCAAGCCGAUAAUGGAACUGCAAAAAUCUGUUGCAACCAUUCAGGAGCAGGUUUUGGUUGAGUCUGGCACAGUACCAAUUUCAGAAAAGGAUUAUGUUUCACUAUUGAAAACGUUGGCUCAUCCUAUCGACGAACUGCAGCACUCAAUUGCCGUUGUUCAUGAACAAGUUAUUGCCGAGCCAGGCACCGACAACAUCUCGGAAGGUAAAGAUAUGUCUUUGCUAAAGACACUGACUCAUCCGCUCGAAGAGUUGCAAAAGUCAAUCGCAAUUAUCAAGGAACACAAUGUCGUCGAGCCAAAUAACAUUCUUUUAUCAAAAUCUGAUGUUGAAGCAAUGGAUAAGUUAGUUGAGCCGAUCGAAUAUGUUCAAAAUUCUAUACUGAACCUCAAACAAGGUACAUCAGACAAUGAAGACGAAAACCUGACGGAAUUUGCGGAGCUGCAAAGUUUACUUGAGCCACUACAAGCGAUACGCGACUGCGUCGCUACAAUCAAGCAGCAUUCCGAUACGUCUGAGGUAAACGAAGCCACGGCAGUAAUGGCGACCAUGAUCAAGUCGAUCAAAGAGCUUGACGAUUCAGUUGAGAACCUUAUACCGGAAAGCACUGGUGAGAAAAAUGAGCUGUUACAAUUGUUGGUGGAACCCUUGGUCAAGAUGAAAAAAACUAUAGAAGUUGUUCAAGAAAAUUUGCCAAAGUUUACCACCAUCCAUGAAUUAGAGACACCUUUGCGAGCUCUGGGAGAAUCGUUACGAAUUAUUCAUACGGAAAUUGAUCAGGAAAGACAACGAGUAGAAGUUGAAAUGGAUGAUGAAGCCCUAGUUGCCGAUUGGUCGAUAAUCAACAAGCUUAUAGAGCCAGUGGAAGGAGUUAUGGAAUCUAUAUCAAAAAUUGAAGAACAAGUUGCAACAGAAAAUUGUCUCGAACGAUCCAUAGAGUUUGAAGCUCUCAAGACGCUGAUCUCUCCUCUGGAAGGUAUACAGAGAAGUUUCGCAUGGAUUGAGGAACAAGCUAGUGAAUCAAAGAGCAUUGAUCAAGAGUUGGCGAUUGAAUCGAUCGUAGAUUCCUUGUCCGAGCUUGAGAAGUCAAUUUCUAUACUCCAAGAACAGGCCGUUGACAAGCCGGUUUCACAACCGGCAUACGGAUUGGCAGAUGGUCAAAUGCUCCACAGCUUGGUACUGCCACUGGAAGAGUUGAAAACAGCAAUUACAACUGUGCAAGAUUCACCGACGACAUAUCUAGAGAAUUUAGAACAACCUUUGAAAGAUUUACAGUCGGCGAUGAAAGUUGUCGAGGUAACCUUGCCUUUGGAAAUAACCAGAUUAUAUCCAGAUCUCGUGCGGUCCAAGCAUGGUCCCCUCAAGUAUUUGAUCGAGCCUACCGAAGAUAUAGCUCGGGCAAUUGAAUCAUUCCAAGAAAGUGCAACAACGGAUAAAACCAUCGAAAGAACUAUCGAAUGGAAGGUGUUGAGGACACUGAUCAAGCCACUGCAAGAUGUGAAGGAAGAGUUGAUAUCGAUUCAGGAGCAGAUCAUCAAAGUACCUGAAGAGGUGGAAAUACAUCCAGUGGUUGAUCGUAUUUUACAGCCUUUGAAAAACCUCCAUCAGUCGAUCUGCUCAAUUGGAGAACAAACGUGUGACAAACCGAUUGUUGAACCCUUGGCUCCAUCCUUGAAUCAGUUAAAGGCGACGAUAGAGUCACUAGAAAUUUCAACUGACCGUUCAUCGUCAUUAAAAACUCUGGAAGAACCUCUUUGUCAAUUAAGAGCAGCCGUAAAUGCUGUGCGAGAACGAACCCUGGGAGAAUCUAAUGAUACUAAAGUCAAAGCUGAUACCAUGAAAUUGAUAGCCACACCAAUAACAGAACUUCAAGCGUGCAUUGCCCAAAUUCAAGAACAGUACGCAGAAACAACGGAAAAUGCGCUAUCGGAAAUAUCAGCUUUGGGAACAAUUGCACAACUUAUAGAAGAAUUGCAACGUGGGUAUGCUCAAAUUGAACAAAACGUUGUAUUGGAAUCUGAUUCAAGUUUGACAUUGAAACGUGAAAUUCCAAUCACUGAGAUGGCUACUCGAGUGAGGGAUCUACAACACGGUAUGAUGGUAAUGGAACAGACCUUGUUGGAAAACGAACAACAAGACACUAACGCCUAUGCUCUGCUGAAAGCGAUGCAGGUACCGGUUGAAGAACUAGAAAAAGGUAUACAAAUAAUUCAACAUGUGAUUCAAGAAGCACAUCCGACCGAAGAGUCUUUGGAGUCCAGCAAAAAUGGCGUCACUGAUGAAGAAAAGAAGGGAGAUGUUGAAAACACUAGAACUGAUGACGAAAUACGAAUACUGAGCGAAGAAGAAGCUGAUCUACUGAGAAAAGAGGAAAAAUUAAAAUUGGAUGAAGAAAAUAAGUUAAACAGAGCAGAGCUAUUGAAAAAGGAAGAGCUGGAUAGGGUUAAGGAAGCAGAGAGGAAAGAGCUUGAAAUGCUUGAGGUUGAAAAAGAAAGGGUUAAGGAAGAGGUGGAGAAAAAAAAUCGACAGCUAUUGGAGGAGAAUGAAAAACCUGAUGGUAAGCAAACGAAUGAUGGGCAUAGAUCUGAAACUAUCGAAACCAUUGCAGAGGUACAUUUAAAAGCAGAAGAGACUGGCAGAGAGCAAAAGGACGAUGCAGGAAUGUCGAAAGUGGAAGAGACGCAAGAGAAAAAAGUUGAUGAAGAAAAACAGUCCACGAAACACGUAGAUGACAAAAAACUAACGAAAGAAGAACAAUUGAAAACUGAGGAUGGUGAGGACAAAGUUGCUGAAGAUGACCGCCAAGAAACUGAGAGAGCCGAGAUGGAUAGGUCUGCUGGAGAAGAGAAACUCAUGCCGGAAAACGAUACCAAGAAGCAGAGGGAAGAAGAGGAAAGGUUGAAGGUUGAAAUUGCAGAGAAAAAUAAAGCCAUUGAAGAAGAACAACAGAGGAAGGAAAAAACCGAUGCAAAACAAAGGAGAGAAGGAAAGGUAAACGAGGAGGAAAAAUUAGAAGCUGACGAAGCAGACGCAAAGAAAAGAGCUAACGAAAACGAAAAUGCUCAAAGAAAACAAAUAGAAGAAGAGGAACGUUUUACGGCUGAGGAAGCAGAGAAACAGAGAAUUGCUGACGAAGAAAGAUCGAAAAAGGAAGAAGCUGACAGGAAUCAAAAAGAAGAAGAGGACCGAAUGAAAGUUGAAGAAGCAGAGAAGAACAAAAAGGCUGAAGAAGAACGAUUCAACAGAGUAGAAGCAGACAGAAAACAAAAAGAAGAAGGUGAAAAACUGAAAACUGAGGAAGCAGAGAGGGAGAAAAUUGCCGAAGAAAAACGUAUGAAAAUAGACGAGGCUGGCCAGAAACAAAAAGAAGAAGAGGAACGAUUGAAGAAAGAAGAAGCUGACAGGAAACAAAAAGAAGAGGAAAGAUUGAAGGUGGACGAAGCUGAUAAGAAACAGAAAGAAGAAGAGCAACGAUUGAAGGUUGAGGAAGCAGAAAAGAAGAGAAUUGCCGAUGAAGAAAGAUUGAAGAAGGAAGAAGCUGACAGGAAACAAAAAGAAGAAGAGGAACAAUUGAAAGCUGAGGAAAAGGAAGAAGCAGACAGGAAACAGAAAGAAGAAGAACAAUUGAAGGCUCAACAAGCAGAAAAGAAGAGAAUUGCUGAAAAAGAAAGAUUGAAGAAGGAGGAAGCUGAUAAAAAACAGAAAGAAGAAGAGGAACGAUUAAAAGCUGAAGAAGCAGAAAAGAAGAGAAUUGCUGAAGAAGAAAAAUUGAAGAAGGAAGCAAAAGAAGAAGAAGAAGAACGAUUAAAGGCUGAGGAAGCAGAAAAGAAAAGAAUUGCUGAAGCAGAAAGAUUGAAGAAGGAAGAAGCUGACAGGAAACAAAAAGAAGAAGAACGAUUGAAGAAGGAAGAAGCUGACAGGCAACAAAAAGAAGAAGAACGAUUGAAGACUGAAGAAGCAGAAAAGAAAAGAAUUGCUGAAGAAGAAAGAUUAAAGAAGGAGGAAGCUGAUAAAAAACAGAAAGAAAAAGAACGAUUGAAGGCUGAAAAAGCAGAAAAGAAGAGAAUUGCUGAAGAAGAAAGAUUGAAAAUGGAAGAAGCUGACAGGAAACAAAAAGAAGAAGAACACUUGAAGGCUGAAGAAGCAGAAAAGAAAAGAAUUGCUGAAGAAGGAAGAUUGAAGAAGGAAGAAGCUGAUAAAAAACAGAAAGAAAAAGAACGAUUGAAGGCUGAAAAAAAAGAAGAAGAGGACCGAUUAAAGGCUGAGGAAGCAGAAAAGGAUAGAGUUGCUGAAGAAGAAAGAUUGAAGAAGGAAGAAGCUGAUAGAAAACAGAAAGAAGAAGAAGAAGAACGAUUAAAGGCUGAGGAAGCAGAAAAGAAAAGAAUUGCUGAAGCAGAAAGAUUGAAGAAGGAAGAAGCUGACAGGAAACAAAAAGAAGAAGAACGAUUAAGGGCUGAGGAAGAAAGAUUGAAGAAGGAAGAAGCUGACAGGAAACAAAAAGAAGAAGAGGAUCGAUUGAAAGCUAAAGAAGCGAAAAAGAAAAGAAUUGCUGAAAAAGAGAGAUUGAAAAAAGAAGAAGCCGACCGAAAGCAAAAGGAAGAGGAACGAUUAAAGGCUGAGGGAUCAGAAAAGAAGAGAAUUGCUGAAGAAGAUCGAUUGAAAAAGGAAGAAGCUGACAAAAAACGAAAAGAAGAACGUGAAAGAGUGAAAACUGAGGAAGCAGAGAAGAACAAACAGACUGAAGACGAACGAGCGAAAAAAGACGAAGCAGGCAAUACACAGACCGAGGAGGUGAAAAUAUUAGAGGAAGCAAUGGCGAAGAAUAAUGUUUCCGAAGAAGAACGAGCCAAAAAGAAAAAAGCAACAAGCAAGCAAAAGGAACAAGCAGAACGUCUGGGAAAUGAAGCCAAGGAAGAAGAUGCAAAAGAAUUAGCAAAAGAAGACGCUGAGAAAAAACGAGGGGAAGAAGUGGAACCGGAAAAGAGAGGAUCUGAGGAAGCUGAACGUUCACGAAAGGAAGAACUCGAAAGAAAACAAAUAGAAGAAAAACAGCAAUUGGAUAAACAGGAAAAUGAAAUGAAACGUACGGAGGAAGCUCAAGUCGAGAAAAAGAAACUAAAAAAAGAAACGAAGAAAAAGAAAAAAAUGGGAGACGACGAGAAAUUAAAAGAAGUGGAAGAAAAGCUAAAGAUCGAAGAGGCUGAACGACUCGAAAAGGAGAAAGUGGAACAACAGCAAAAAAAUCUAACAGAACAUCAGGAAACAGAAAAACUCGAUCAAGUUGGACAAAUAGAGAAAGACCUGGAAAUGAAACAGAAAAUUGAAGAAACUGAUAAACUGUCAGCCGAAGCUGUUGAAAAACAAGAAGAAGAAGCAAAACAAAAGAAGCUAGAGAACGAAGAUCGACUUAAAAAAGAGAAAGCCACAACAAAACAAGAAGAAGAAGUAGAGCAUCUACAAAACGAAGAUACUGAAAGAAAAGAAAAGGAAACCGAACAGCAGCUCAAAAAAGACAAGGCUAAAGUAAAGGACAAGGAUGUGGAAGAUGAUCUAAAAAAAGUGGAUCCCAAGGAAAAACAGAAGACCGAGGGUGAGCACCUGAAAAAACCAAAGAAGGGCAAGAAGAAAUUCCAAGAAGAAAAGUUAGAAGAAGCCCAUGAAAAAAAACGGGAGAAACAGGACGAUACACAUCUGAUCAAAGAUAAACUCCAACAGGCUGGGAAGGUAGAGCCCAAAGAGGAUACAAGAUACGAAACGGACUCUGAGAAUUCCUUGUCCAUGGUAUCCGAAGCCACUGACUCACUGCGCGAGGAGUUGGCCCCAAGAAGUCACAGAAGAAGAAGCAAGGAACAGGCGGUGAUCGAAGUAGAAAGAUCUGAGAGGAUCGGCGGGCGGGCGAGAAGUUACGACACACAAACCCCAACGAUCCUUGAAGACUCCGAGAGCCAGAGCUUGCGGUCAUCGAACCGACGCACCAGAGCGAAGAGCUACUUGACAGACGACGGUGGUGAAUCCGGAGCGUAUUAUUCGGCUACGAGUAAAGCAAGCGCUGGAAACCAGGAAUGUGGACCUAGAGACCUGAGAAACAAACCGAUGUUCUGCACGAAACUGACCGAUCGUACUGCGGCAGAAGGUUCUCGAAUAAAGUUGACCUGCACUGUCCUCGGCUCACCGGAACCGCAGAUAUGGUGGUCAAAGGACGAUCAGAUACUUGGUCCGAGUAACCGAUACAGAACGAGCUUCGAGAACGGAAUGGCUUCUCUUGAAUUCUAUGCAGCUCUGCCGGAGGAUUCCGGGGAAUAUUCUUGCACGGCCAGAAAUACGCAUGGACAGUCAACCACCGAGGCGAGGCUCAAAGUCUACGCUGGUUUCGAGUCCAGUCCGCUGCCUCCGACCUUCACGAGGUCCAUGAAAGAUACCUUCCGAUUCACCGACAACGAGCUGGUCCUAGAGUGCCGAGUUAGAGGACAACCAGCGCCUGUUAUCUCCUGGCUGAAGGACGGGAAACCACUUUGCGGAGAACGGUAUCAGCAGAGCGAUCUGAGCGACGGCGUCUGUCGCUUGCAAAUAUCAAACCCGGACUCGCUGGACAGCGGUCAGUACACUUGUAAAGCCGAAAACCAAGUCUGGUGCGACCAGAUAUCUCACAUGGUCCACUUCGAAGGUCGUGAGGCGUACGCGGCAAGCAAACGAGACCGAGUAUCUCAAGGAAAGAUCAGCAGAGAUGUAAGGAGGCCUCAUUUCGCGAGCAUUCUUACCGACCACAGCGUUCCUGCUGGAGGGACGAUAGCUCUUCAAGUUGAAGUCAAAGGCAUGCCAGCUCCGGAAGUGACCUGGCUCCAUGGAGACACGAAGAGGCCAGUCAAACACCCGAAAGCUCGUACCUUCGCAGAAUCUGGAGUGUACACGUUGAUGGUACCGGAAGCGACGGACUCUGAGACUGGAACCUACAUUUGCAGGGCAAGCAACGCUUACGGUUACGUGGAUACGAGCGCCAGCGUCCAAGUCGUUGCACCCAGCUCGAUAAAGGGUGGAAAACCUGCCAUGUUUGUUUCCCGACCAGACAACCUGAUGACAGUUGCGAUUGGCGAGGACGUCAGCAUUUCUUUCCGAGUAACCGGAACACCGAAACCAAAAGUUACCUGGAUGAAAGGGAUUCGAGACAUCACCAACAGUCCUCGUUCGCACAAGGAAUCUAUCGACGAUUACGUCAGACUCACGCAGAAGCGAACCCUCGCCUCGGACGAAGGGACCUACUGCGUUUUGGCGAAGAACUGUUACGGUUGCGAUCGAACAUUCGUCACUGUCAGGGUCAAGCAGAGGGCCAGAUCGCUGACACCGUCUCCGGAAUGGGGAAACGUCGAUACCAGCAAUUUGCUCGCUGACAUUCACGACGGGCAACGGACCUACGUCAAACAUGUUCCUGGCCCAAUCAGCAGUGAGCCAAUUGUCGUCGACAGUGGAAGAAACUGGUUGGCUUUGAGCUGGGGGAAGGCGGAGCAGCGGGGACCAGCCCCUGUGAUAGCCUACCGGGUCGAUGCCUGGCUCUUGGGGGGUGAUGGGGGUGCUCGAUGGGCGGAGCUUGGCGUCACUCCAAUCAACACAUUUGACGCAUUCAACCUGCGGCCUGGUAGCGAGUACAAGUUUCGCGUAACACCCCGAAACCGUUACGGAUGGGGUGAGUCAGUGAUAACUUCGACGUCGAGCGUAGUCGGGGAAGUCGUCGAGCUUCCAGAGUUCAUCGGCAUACUUCCGGGACAGCUCAAGGCCUUGGAAGAUUCAACGGUGUCGCUGGAUUGCGAGGUCCGGGCUGACUCGAGGGUCCAGGUGCGCUGGUAUCGAGACUCGACGGAGAUCGACUCCAGCGACGAGCCCAGGUACAAGAUAUAUUACAACGGCUCAAAGUGCUGCCUCAAUGUUUCCAACAUCACCGCUGCAGACUCGGGACGAUACGUUUGCGAGGCCACCAACAAGGUCGGUAGGGUCUCAACCUUCGCUAGGGUCCUCGUCGUUGCUGACCCCAAGAUCUUAGAGGCUGACGCGAAGCUGAAGAGCCACCUUGACGGUUCUCCAGAGGAAAGACCACCGCAGUUCACGAUGAGAUUGAGGGAUAGACGAGUGCAAAUGACUUACCCAGUCCGGCUGACUUGUCAGGUGAUUGGUCACCAGACACCGGAGGUUGUGUGGUACAAAAACGGGCGAGAAAUUCGUCAGGAUGCCUCGCACAUAUUCUGGAACGACGAGUCCCACUUCCACACUCUUGAGAUAACUCACUCGACGUUGGAGGACUCCGGGUGCUACAUGGCAACGGCAAGAAACUCGACAGGAUCGGUGUCCUGCCGCUGCAUCCUGGUCGUUGACAAGGGCAUCCGCGCCUACGUGGCACCGGAGUUUUUGUACGGACUUGAUGCGACCUACACAACCCAAGUUGGAGGCGAACUGAGGAUGUCGGCCCAGGUCGAAGCCUAUCCAUCGGUUGGUGUAGUUUGGCACAGAGAUGGAAUCCGGCUACGACCGAGCCGCAGGGCCGUCAUGACCCUGGCCCACGAUGGCACCGUCGAAUUGUCCCUGGCAAACGUCACUCCCAGAGACGCCGGCGUCUACAGCUGCACCGCGACCAACGAAGUCGGAAGAACCGAGACCUCGGCGAAAGUCGUCGUCAUUGGAAACCUCGAAGAAGUGAAACCCCUUGAGAAUUUACCCGUCGUUGUCGCCCCCGAUAUUCCGUAUUCAAAGGAGCCGCUCUUCGUUACGAAGCCUUUGUCGACUGAAGCUGUUGAAGGAGACACGGUUAUAAUACUUUGCGAAGUCGUCGGUGAUCCAAAACCGGAUGUAAUGUGGCUCAGAGACUUCCUGAGGCCCGACUACUACAGAGACGCUCCGCACUUCAGACGCGUCGGCGAGGGUCCGCAGUAUCGUCUGGAAAUCCCCUACGCUAAGAUCGACUUCACAGGAACAUAUACCGUAAUCGCCAAGAAUUGCAAUGGAGAAGCGAAGGCGAUAAUAUCGCUGCAGAUCUACGCGAAAGGUCAGGGCAAAGAAGACAGGAUGGAUCAGACCUCCGUCAAACACGGGAAGGUCGUGACAUUGCCCCUGAUAACGAGAGAACUCCGAGAUCUGAGAUGCUGCGACGGUGACGCUGUCACUUUGGAAUGCAAAGUGCAUGCGACGCCGGUACCGGAUAUCCGCUGGGAGAAGGACGGAAGGCUUUUGCCCCUCGGCGGCGACUUCACGACGGAAUUCGACGGGGAAACUGCUCGACUGAGCAUCCAGCACGUCUAUCCUGAGGAUGAGGGCGAGUACACCUGCGUCGCGUAUAACGAUCUUGGAAAAGCGUUCACGUCUGCCUGCCUCGUAGUUGACGUUCCCGAAGAGAAGGAAAAUGCCCUGAGUCGGCACCUGAGGCGGCCUGUAGGGCUGCUUUCGGCAGGAUCGACGCCAAGGUCAACGCCAAGGUCAACUCCAAUCCGCAGCUUGUCGCCGUCGGUUGCACGCGGCAGGGAGUUCCGGACGCCAUCCCGAGCCCCGCAAACGAAACGAUUAAAGGUUACGGCGCCAAAGUUUUACGCAGUGCCGCAUAACCGGGUCGCCGAAGAAGGCGAAACCGUGCGGUUCCAAUGCGCCGUUUCCGGGCAUCCGACGCCCUGGGUGACGUGGGACAAGAAUGGUGCGGUGGUUACGCCAAGCACGAGGAUAUCCGUGAAGGAACGGGACGACGUCAGGGUGCUUGAGAUAUCGGAAGUGACCGUCGAGGACGCCGGGCUCUAUCGCGUCACCCUGGAGAACGACGUCGGACGUGUCGAGGCGACUGCCAGACUCGAGAUCAUAGGUCGCCAUGGAUCCGUCAGUCGAGGCAUCAGAGCGAGAAGCGCAUCUCCCAGGACGUACCCAACCUUCGGAAGAAGUCUACUCGGCUCAGCGGCCAGAAUUAACGGCCGGUUGCAGCUGCAAUGUGACAUAAGAGGGACACCAUCUCCGACGCCCUCUUGGUACAGAAAUGCGAAACCCCUGGAACGGUCCGACCGAAUCAGAAGAUACUUCGACGGCCACACAGCCAAGGUCGAAAUUACGAAGGUCAGGGCGACGGAUGCUGGGCAAUACACAUGCCAGGCGACAAACGUCAUGGGAACAACGAGGAACAGCUGUCUGGUCACAGUCCUCGAUACUGACGACCCUUCGACGGCAGACAAAGACCCUCCAAAAUUCGUUGAGGAACUUCCUGAGGACUCGAUUGUAAUGGAGGGACAUUCCUACGAGCUGCAGGUCAGACUCUCCGGAACACCGCCGUUCGUCAUCACCUGGUUAAAGGACGGCAGGGAGGUCCCGGACAGCGAUUAUUACAGGUACGUGGUGUACGGUGACGGUGGAGUCGCCCUGCGUCUCUCCGAUGUCUACCCUCAGGACGCCGGAGAGUACACUUGCCUGGUGCGCAACGAUUUCGGAGAGGCAAAGACGAAGGGGCUUUUCGCAGUCCAGGACUACAAGGGCGUCCCAAAGAUGGCCCUCCAGUUCACCAAGACGCCAGUUUCCGUCCUGACCAGCAAGGGAGCCACCGUCCAAUUCUGCGCCAGGGUUCAGUCGGGAAGACCAGUCGAGUUCAAGUGGACGGUUAACGGAAGGGACGCGAAGGUUCUGACCAAGUGCAAGGUUGAGAAAGACGGGUCGACAAGCAUCCUGCGAAUCACUGGGGUGUCCUUCCGAGAGGUUGGAGAGGUUCGAUGCACCGCUGGAGUCGCUGGAGGACGAGGUCCGACGGUCAGCGCGAUGGCACGACUCGACUUUGACCUGAACUCUAUACCGAAGUUAGAAUCUCCGGCGAAUGAAGAAGCUGACCAUGCCGAUGGUGCCGCGGCGUUUAUUCGUAGGGACGUGAUAAGGCGUUCGACCAGAUCGACUCCUGGCUCACCGUUGGUUAGGAAGAAGCGAGAAGCUCCGAAGUCCGCGGAAGUUGGUAAAGAAAACAAACCUACCGCCCCGACGGUCACGUGGCCGACACCCAGAACUCCCGUUUUUAAACGUCGCGUGAUCCCGGAAGUCACAGGCAGGAAAAAAGCACCACAUGGUGAGGAGGGAACAGCUUGUUCGAGCCUAAGACGCACGCAAUCGUUUGAAAAAUCCUCGACGAUUGGCCCGAGGUUAACUAAACCACGGUCGUCGCUGAGGGAGGUAAAGAAGCUGAAAGAGAAGGCUCCGCUGUCUCCACUGACCUCGAACUCGGUGAAGAAGGUCGAGGUGGCCGAGAGGAUCUUAUCGCCGGAAAGAAUGGUUGGCGUACCGGUGAUCGACGUGCCCAACGUAGUGGUGCCGGAAAUGAAGGAACAGGGAGAGGUGUUCACCUCAGCGAAACAGGAGGUGGAGGUCGUGGUCAAGGACGAUACAGAAUCGGUGACGAAGGACGAAGGUCAGGACGACGGUACAAUCGAGAAGAUACUCUCAUCGGCCAGUGACAACGUGCAGAUGGUGCUCCGGAAGUUCAAGAGCGAGCUUGGAAGCAGAGAGAACCUGCGAAGAUCAAAUUGCGAUAAGUCGAUCAUCGAAGAAACAUGCGGCAGUCUAAUCAGCGCCAGGACGUCGUCGGUCGGUGACCAACUAGUCGUCGACGAUUCGCCGGCCAUCAAGUGCCUCAGGAUACUCGAGAGGUCUCAGUCUCCACCUGAGGAGAUCAAGAAGAGACUCGCCGAGAUCCGUCGACCCAGCCUUGAACGCUUUGAACCUGCCCUCAUCCUGAAGGCUCCGUCCGACAUCACGGCUCUUCGGGGUGCCCGCGUCGUCCUCAGAGCCACCUACAAGGGCCACCCGGAACCCCGUGUCAAGUGGCUCAGAGCGGGUCGAGAACUGGUACCUGAUGAGAAGGUUGCAAUCACCAGUGGCGGUGGUGUGUCUUGCCUGACCUUGGACAGCAUCACGGCCGAUCACGCUGGGAAGUACGUCGUGUCGUUGGAAAACGCUCUGGGACGUGAUUUCAAGCACGCCAGUGUCGCCGUUGAAGGUCCCCCUGAUCCCCCGGCUGGUUCCCCGGCAGUUUACCCCGGCAUUGGAACCGCGACGGUAACCUGGAGGUCACCCCCUUACGACGGGGGCUGCAUGGUCACCGGAUACUGCGUGGAAAUGCGUCGUUCCCACGAGGCGUCGUGGACGGUUGUCGCCGAGGCGUGUCACUCCCUGAGUCACACCGUCAGCGACCUCAACCCCGAGGAAGUUUACCACUUCAGGGUCAGGGCGGAAAACAUUCACGGAGCCAGCGAGCCAGGCCCCGAAUCGCGACCAGUCGCGAUCGACGAGGAUGAGGAGCAAUUCAAGCCCGCUUUUGAACCCCGCGAAGUGUCACUCGAGGAUGGAAAGCUGUUCAAGGAGCGCUACGAAGUCCUCGAGGAACUCGGCAAGGGCCGCUACGGCAUCGUUCGUAAGGUCCUGGAACGGGCGAGCGGACAACAUCUUGCCGCGAAGUUCAUCAGAGCGAUCAAAGCGAAGGACAAAGAGCAGGUCCGGGAGGAAGUAAGGAUCAUGAAUCUCCUCAGGCAUCCUAAACUCCUUCAGCUUGCAGCGGCCUUCGAGAGUCCCCGAGAGGUCACCAUGAUCAUGGAAUACAUAACUGGUGGCGAACUUUUCGAAAGGGUUGUCGCCGACGAUUUUACCCUCACGGAGAGGGACAGCAUCGUGUUUAUAAGACAGAUAUGCGAGGGCGUUGCUUACAUGCACGAUAACAAUAUCGUGCACUUGGAUCUGAAGCCCGAGAACAUCAUGUGCCAAACUCGAACCUCUCAUCAAAUAAAGCUGAUAGACUUCGGACUGGCGCAGAUGCUGAAGCCUGACACGCCGGUCAGAGUUCUCUUUGGGACGCCCGAAUUCAUCCCUCCGGAAAUAAUAAACUACGAACCAAUCGGCACGGAAACUGAUAUGUGGAGCGUUGGUGUGAUUUGCUACGUUUUAUUGACCGGUCUAUCACCGUUCAUGGGGGAUAACGACGCGGAAACGUUCGCCAAUAUUACGCGUGCCGAUUACGAUUUCGACGACGAAGCGUUCGAUGCCAUAUCACAGGAUGCCAAGGACUUCAUAAGCGCUCUGCUGGAAGAUAAAAAGGAAUUACGUAUGUCGGCCAAACAGUGUCUUGAGCAUCCUUGGAUGGCCCAACACAGCGAAAGUAUGAGUGUAGUUGCCUUGCCGACGGACAAACUCAAGAAGUUCAUCAUUCGAAGAAAGUGGCAGAAAACAGGAAAUGCCAUUCGCGCGUUGGGGAGGAUGGCAACUCUGUCGGCGAACAGUCGGCGGAACAAUUCAACGAACGAGUCUUCCUCGCCGACGCGGAGUUUGUCGCCAAUGGUCAGCCUCGACGAAGGGAUUUCAGCGUCGUCGAAACUAUUAACCACCCAGACUUCCGAUCCUGUCGGCACCCCCAAGGACGAUACUCAAGCCUUAAGCGUUGACAAGAUCGAAAAGGACUCGGCGAUUCCGGCCGAGUCUCUCGUCGAAAAGCUCUUAGAAGCUACGACAGUGAAAAAGGAAGCUGAAUAUGAGGAAAUCGGGGACAAAGAACGAGAGAACCCGAAGUCACCUCCGCGAAUAAUCAGCAACGACGAUACUUGCCUGAUUGAUUCGAAAAAGUCUGGUAAUAAUAUCGCCGGGAAAAAUCCUCGGCUUGGAAAGUCCUCCGAAGGAUUAACCGACGAGGGUGUAAACGGCGGGGGAAUGGCGGACGACUACCUCGGUGUGAACAUCGAAUUCUGCAGCCUGAGCAAGUCGGAACCUGACGAGAUUUACCUCUCGAGUAACAAAGUCGUCGAGCUUUCGACGUCGUCGAGCUCUGACGAACCUGACGAGACCUUCCCCUCCAGCGUCGUCGAGCCCGACGAGGAUGACGCGAGUUCGUCGCGAAGGAGCACCGCUGAGAUCGUUAACGCGACGAUAAUCGAAGACGUUCAUCUAAACGGCUUCAAGGACGUGACCCUGAAGCGAACGCGAGCUUGCAGCGAGCGAAGCGACUCGGGGAUCAGCGACUGCUCAACUUCCGCUCCCUACUCUCAGGGCGGAGAGCUUUCGAGCUUAACAAUAGCCGAGGAAGACGAAGAUCCCCACGGCUUGAAGCAGCGGACGAUGAAGAAGAAGACGGCGACGUCAACGAUCAGCUUCGAAGCGAGAAAACCCCUGACGACUCACGCCGUCAACGAGGGUCCGGACUCGGGGCUGAUCCGGGGUCCGCCACGUGUUCACACCGGAAGCGUCAGUCGGACGGCGAAAAUGUUCGAGAGGGAAGAGCUGUCGCCGGCGAAGGAGAUCCCCACCUCUCUGCCCCGGGUGACACCCUCCGUACCCGGGAAGCCCCACAACGACCGAAUCCAAAAGGCUUUUGCAUUUUGGAACAAGUAGCUGACCGCGGGAAGGAACGAACGAUCUGACGUUUAACGACACUGUCUGGAUUCCCUGAUUCUUUAUUUUAUAUCUUUUGCCCCCGUCUCUUCGUUUUUUUUUUCUUUAUUUUUUUUUUUUUUUGUCAUUUGGGGUUUUUUUUAACGAUCAGAAGCUUAAUUAUUAUUUAUUCUUAUAUACUAUAUUAUAUAUUUUAUCCCCCAUUGAUAGAAAACUAUGUUAUAACAAGCCUUUCAGCUAUCUUCAUAUUCAUCUUGUGCAUUUUAUCGGUCCGUUCUAAAUCAGCAGCAAUUACUUCAUCGCUAUACGAGUAUAUCCAUAUUUUUACUAUCGUGGUAAUCCAAUUGUUUUGUCCUGAUGAUCAACCUGUGUUACCGUAUCGCCAAAUUUAAGUUUUAUUUUUCUCAACGCCAUUAUAUUAGUACUACUUUAUAGUAUCGUUAUUAUUUAUGUUUUAAUUUUAGUCUUAUUAUUAUCUCAUUUAGUCUUACUAUUAUGUUAUUAAUAAUACUAUUAUUAUACGUCUGGCAUUUUCAUCACUAUUUUUACCUAAUGCCUCUGCAAUAGCAAUAUUGUUUGAGAUUUGAAUCCCAUAUUGAUAACCGGUGCAGAAAAUUGGCGACAAAAAAGUUGAACAACUUCCAAUAAUAUACGCAGUCACGCAGCUCGAGAAAACAAGUAUGAAUAUCAGUUAUUUCUCAGGCAUUAAAAUGCGACGAAAAUAUUCUCCGGACACUAAUUAAAUAUUACUUAUCGUUUGACAAGUUUAUUUGCUUAUUACCAUUCGUUUUCUUCGACGAAACGAGAAUGGAGAAAUUACUAAACGACGGAGACGAGUAUCAGAUGCAUGGAAUCAUCCUGCAGUUAUAUUAUCAAAUUAUUUUAUGUAGACGGGCGAUUGAGUCGCAGGUAAAUUCUUUAGGAAAGACGUAGUUAUAUUUAUUUAUCCUGGCUUAGUUAAUGUAUCGAAUCAAACUCCCCGUACAAUAAUUGAUGCGAUGAUUGUAACUAAAGUUUCAGAAGACACUCGAAAUGUUAUAUCAAUUUUGUAUACAAUACCUCGAUAGCUUCUUAAGAUUCUACUAUAUUUGCUGUAACGAUAUUUUAAUUCAUCGCAUCUACCAUACGGUGACAUACUGUAGAUAAAAUACGAGGGAGAUAAUGUUUAGAAAAAAAAAAAGUUUUAAAUUUAACAAGGACGUAACUAUUUUGUACAUAGAUAUAGAAGCCUAUAAUAUGAAUAUAUUCGUGAAUACAU